UUUGUUCCUUGAAUAUUUUAGGGGAGGCAAUUGUUUGGCUGCAGCCUUAAAGAGUAUGGAGGGUACCUGGAGAAUCUGUGUUUGCUUCUACUGCUGUCUUCACUGGCUUGCUUCUAGCAUCCAGUGUUCCCCCCACUUCAGGGGUGGUGUCACCUCUGACAAGAGCUCUGGGUUCCUGGCAGCUCCAGAGGACAGCGAGCUAAACCCCUUGCUGUGGCUGCCCAAGAGUGUAAGGCGUGGCUAUGCCCUCCUGCCUCCCCUCCUCAAGGUGCUGUCAGACCGGGGACACCAGAACUGGGAAAGUGAAGUCCCCAGGCUGCGGCCAGACUCCAGAGCCCUUCGGUACAUGAAGAGGCUGUAUAAGAUGUCUGCCACCAAGGAUGGAAUCCCAAAGGCUAACAAAAGCCACCUCUAUAACACUGUUCGUCUUUUCACACCGUGUUCUGAAUGCAAGCACCUCUACAGGGACCUAAUGAAAGGAGACGUUCACUCGGUGGAUUUACUCUUCAACCUGGAUCGUGUUACUGCUCUGGAGCACUUACUCAAGUCUGUCUUGCUCUAUUCCUUUGACACAUCAGUUCCCAACUCCUCUUCCAUUACCUGCAUGUGCCAUUUGUCUGCUAAGGAGCAUGGCUUCUCUAGCCAAGUAUGCCCCAGCAGUUCACACUCUAUAGCUUUUAGCCUGCACUUUGAAGUUAGGAAGCGCAAAUGGGUUGAGAUUGAUGUGACUUCCUUCCUCCAGCCUCUGAUUGCUACUAACAGGAGGAACAUUCAUAUGGCCGUGAAUGUCACUUGUCUGAUGGGUGAGCCACCACAGAACACUAAACUGGAAAAUCCCAUUAACAUGGCACUGGUUCCCCCUUCUCUUCUUCUUUACCUGAAUGAUACCAGUGAGCAAGCUUAUCACAGGUGGAACUCACUUAGACACAGAAGGAAAAACCCAGUGAGGCCCAGGCCAAGGAACAGUCCUCGGAGUGACAGAGAGAAUUCACAGGGUAAAAGGGCCUCUCGGUGGCGAAGAGAGGAGAAGCUGCAAGAAGCACCAACAACUUCACCUUCUGACCUGAGCCAGUACUUCAAACAGUUCCUGUUCCCUCAGAACGAGUGCGAGCUCCACAACUUCCGCCUGAGUUUCAGCCAGCUGAAAUGGGACAAAUGGAUCAUAGCCCCUCACAGGUACAGCCCUCAGUACUGCAAGGGUGACUGCCCCAGGGUGGUGGGGCACCGCUACGGCUCUCCUGUCCACACCAUGGUGCAGAACAUCAUCUACGAGAAGCUGGACCCCUCUGUUCCCAAGCCCUCCUGUGUUCCUGCCGAGUACAGCCCCCUGAGCGUGCUGACCAUAGAGCCUGAUGGCUCCAUCGUCUACAAAGAGUACGAAGAUAUGAUAGCGACCAAGUGCACCUGUCGGUAGUGCUGCACCCUCCAUGGUGUGGGGAACUUUGACAUGUUUCAGAGCUUCUGCAGCUGUAACUUAACUGGAUCUUGUCAUUCUAAUAGCUCUAGAAAACCCCUUGGUGUUUAAGUGUGGGGUUAGUAGGAGGGGUCUAUGUCAUAGCACUUAUUUUUGUAGCCACUCAACCUUUUCUAGAAUGGGAAGUGAAAUGUAAAUAAUCUCCUUUUUUUAAUUGGAAGACUUUUGCAUUUAAAAUGUGGAAGGGGUUUCAACUACCAGAUGCCUAUUUUAAAGCUGUUUUGCUAGAGAAUUUAAAGAAAUAAAUGCCAAUCGUGCACUCACUUA